AUUGGUACGAGUCACUUCUAGGUGUAGUUGCAAUUCUACCUUCAAUAAAGUAACUUCAAAAUGCCUCUAUUCGCACCUACCGUAACAUUGAAUAAUGGGCUAAAAAUGCCCGUUCUGGGCUUGGGAACCUGGCAGGCCCGCGAAGGUGAAGCCGUGGAAGCGGUCAAAGCAGCCCUGGACGCCGGAUAUCGUCACAUCGACACGGCCUACUUGUACGGAAACGAGAAGGAAGUGGGACGCGCGAUUCGCGACAAGAUCGCAGAAGACGUCAUCAGGAGGGAGGAUGUUUUCGUGACCACCAAGUUGUGGAACACAUUCCACGAUCCAAAGCACGUUGAGGAGGCUUUCAAACGGUCCAUGGCCAACUUGGAUAUUGGCUACAUCGAUUUGUACUUGAUGCACUGUCCGGUGAGCUUCAAGUUUUCUGGUUGGCAGGUCCAGAAGUCGGAUCCAGUUGAGUUCUCUGAGGUAGACAUUGUGGAUACGUACCGUGCCAUGGAGAAGCUGCUGGAAACUGGAAAAGUGAAGAGCAUUGGAGUGUCGAACUUCAACAGCGAGCAGAUAACGAGGAUUGUCAACGAGUGCAAGGUUCGCCCCGUUACGAAUCAAGUUGAGUGCAAUCCGACAUUGAAUCAACGGAAGCUAAUUGAAUUCUGUAGGAAGUUGGGGAUUGUCAUCACGGCGUACAGUCCGUUGGGUCGACCUAAUCAAAGUUCCGGAAAUGACAACAAAUCCGCAAUUGACGACCCUCGAGUUCUGGAGAUUGCAAAGAAGUACAAUAAAUCUCCUGGGCAGAUCAUACUGAGAUACUUGCUGGAUAUUGGAACCGUUCCGAUUCCGAAGUCGGCCAACCCAGAUCGACUUCGUCAAAACAUUGAUUUGUUUGAUUUCAAGCUGUCCGCAGAGGAAAUCAAAACGAUGGACGGAUUCAAUACGGGGAAGAGAAUCGUUGACAUUGCUUACUUGGCGGACCACAAGUAUUUCCCCUUUCAUAUCGAGUUCUGAAUAAAAGUUGGACAUAGUAGUCCUUGACAAACGCUUGCUUCGACUGACGCUGAGUCAAGCUUAUUAAAUUAUGAAGUUUGUCGUUCUGAAAAGAAUUCAAGUUACUAGCCAAACUAAAUUUCACACCACCGAAAAACUUUUAAUUAGUUUUCUCGCCUCAAUACACCUCAUCAAAAGUCAUAAAACGUCACUUUCACACAAGUGUGGCGUCGCAAGAAUUCCAUCAUUACGGUUCGCAUUAUUUCCGCUGUGCUGGUGUAACAUAGUUAGGCGAAAACUAAUUUCCUAACAAAUCUCCUUCCCUCCUGGUAGGGACCAUUUUUGUAUCGUUUUCCUUGCAGUACAACAAUCCUUCAUAAACCUUCAAAAGGGGGAGAGAUUAGGCGCCUCCGCUUCUUCGUGAUCCUUUCUUGAGGAGGGGCGGCGCCGGGUCACAGAAACAAAUGCGAACAAAUUGAAUGCUAAAUACU